AUGGUUGAAAGGAAUAAAAUUACAAAAUUUGUUGAACGUCCUGGCUUAGGUCGUAUUGGUCGUCCUAUAAAAGUUAGAGCAAACUUUUUUGAAGUAACUUCUCUAACUGACUCAAAUAUCCAUCACUAUGACGUUAUAAUCACACCGGAAGUUCCUCCAACUUUGAAUAGAAGAAUUUAUUCUGAAUUUGAAACUUUAUAUGCUAAUGGUAUUAAUCCCGUAUUCGAUGGUCGUAGGAAUAUUUUUGCUGCUAGACCGUUACCUUUUGGCGAUACGCACACUUUUGAUAUAUUUCUUCCAGAUGAUGCCGGUUUAUCAACUGCUUGUCGACCUCAUUUUAAGCUCAUCAUUAGGAAGGUCAAUGUAAUAAAUUUGAAUGAACUUCAUAAAUUCCUUGACGGACGAUGCAGAUCAUCACCGAACAUUUUAACAGGAAUUAUGGCUCUUAAUGUAUUAAUUCGUCAAAAACCAUUCUUGACUUGUAAAGCAAUUGGACAAUCAUUUUAUACCAACCAAAUGUCACAAGUUUUCUUUAGUGGUGUAGAACUUUGGCAAGGAUAUCGUCAAUCCAUCAGGCCUACACAUAAAAAAAUGAUGAUAAAUGUUGAUGUAAGCGCUACUGCUUUUUAUGAGAAUAUUGAUUUAGUACAUAUGGUUGCAAAGAUACUUGGUCGUAAUCUUAAUGAUCUAAGAAGAGGAAUCACAGAUAGGGAUCGGUUAAAACUUGAAAAGGCUUUAAAGAACUUAAAGAUUCGCGUUACUCAUCAUGAUGAUUAUUCCCGACGCUCGUAUAAGAUUAUUAAGUUAACUAAUACCUCGGCGUCAAAUACUAGAUUAGAUUUGUUUGAUAGAAGCAUUGAUAUUUCUUCAUACUUUCAAAAUACGUUCAACAUGUCUCUACAAUACCCAUUCCUUCCUUGCGUUGUCGUCCAAAGGGGUGUAUUUUUACCGCUAGAAGUAUGUAAAGUAGUUGAAGUGCUAAUUGCAAAUUUAUUUAUUAAGGGGCAACAUUAUUUUCGCAGAUUGAACGAAAGACAGACAGCAGAUAUGAUAAAGUUUACUAUUCAACGACCCCGUGUACGUGCAAAUAAAAUUAUACAAGGUUUAAAAUUUCUUGAUUAUCGAGAUAAUGAGUAUAUGAGACAAUUUGGUUUGGAUGUAUCUGGGAAAAUGGCUGUGGUUCCAGCCAGAGUAUUACCUGUUCCAACUUUGCAAUAUCAUCCUUCUUCUCGCAAUGCUGCAUUUGUUCCAAAAAUGGGGUCAUGGAACUUACGCGAUAAAAAAGUUGCUAUAGGGGCCACGCUUGGUUCAUGGUCAUGCGUUGCUUUCGGAAAUUUCGAAAUUCAAGCUAUACAACAUUUUAUCAGAAAAUUGGUUAACACAUGUCAGGACACUGGAAUGAAUAUUCCGAAUAAGAAUCCACCUAUUGUCCUAGGUAAUCCACUAAGCAAUAUUGAACAGGUCUUGAAGCAAGUCUGGGUUAAAGCUGGCAAUAUGGCUAGAUCACCACCACAGUUAAUUUUAUGCAUCCUUCCUAACACUGGUGUACCAUUGUAUGCCGAAAUCAAACGAGUCAGUGAUACAUUAAUUGGUGUCGCUACACAAUGCGUUCAAUCCAGGCAUAUUUUUCAGGCAAAAAAACAAUAUUGCGCCAAUUUAUGUCUUAAAAUGAAUGUUAAACUUGGUGGUAUGAAUUCAUUCAUUGAACCAAGUCAAAUACCAUUUGUGUCGGAGCGUCCGACUAUCAUAAUGGGUGCAAAAGUUACACAUCCUGCUCCUGGUGGUGAGUCUCGCCCAUCCAUUGCUGCUCUAUGCGCUUCAAUGGAUGCAAAAGCAUCUCGCUAUGCCGCUUCCAUUCGUGUUCAAGCAGGUAAACAAGAAAUCAUUUCUGACUUGUCAGAUGGUGUAUCAGAGAAUCAAUUUGAACAAGUGUUGGAAUUUGAAAUCGAAGCAAUAAAAUGUGCAUGUAAAUCACUUGAUGUAAAUUAUAAACCAACCCUGACCUUUGUGGUUGUACAGAAACGUCAUCACACUCGCCUUUUCCCUAUGGAUAAGAAAAAUUCAGAUAGAACAGGAAACUGUCUUGUUGGUACGGUUGUGGAAUCAACUAUAACGCAUCCUUUCGAAUUCGACUUUUAUCUUCAGAGUCACGCUGGUUUACAAGGAACUUCGCGUUCAACACAUUAUCACGUAUUGCGUGAUGAAAACCGAUUUGAUCCUGAUUCACUUCAAACCUUAUCAUAUAACUUGUGUUAUACAUUUGCUCGAUGCACACGUGCAGUUUCUAUUGUCCCACCAGUGUAUUAUGCGCAUUUAGCUUGUUCUAGGGCCAAGUUUCAUUCGCGAGGUGAAAAUUGGUCAGAAAGUGGUUGUUUAGUAUCAUCUUUUGACAUGGUGAAACCUAAUUUGCAAAAAGUUAUGUACUUUAUAUAG